UACUUCAUAGAACUUAACCUAUAAUUAUUUUAAGUUGUAGACUCGCUUUAUUUGUUGUUUUUGUUAGAAAACCAACUCAUAGAAUCUAUUCGUUUCAAGUAAUGUGCUAAAUUAACGUUUACAAUCAUGUGGACUACCAAAACUUUUCUUACUAAAACUAAACGAGGGAAUAUAUUGAAGAUUGUUAGAGAACAUUACUUGCGCGAUGACCUGCUCUGUGGUUCAGCGGCGUGCAACGUGUGCCCGCACAAGGACAGUGAAAUAUCCUUGGAUGCAGAACCAGAGUCCAUAUGCACCUUGUAUGAUAACCCGCACUACCUGGUGUUAGACUCUAAUGUGGUGCUGCACCAAAUAGACGUUCUCGAGGAAGAUGCUCUGAAGAAUGUGAUCAUCCUUCAAACUGUGCUGGAUGAGGUGAAGCAUCAGAAUACGGCCAUAUUGCAAAGGCUGCUGGAAAUAAUUGGCAGUAAGAAGCGAAAGUUUUAUACUUUUGUUAAUGAACACCAUAAGGAUACAUAUGUGGAGCGUCAACCAGGUGAGAAGCAAAAUGACAGGAAUGACCGGGCCAUCAGGAAGGCAGCCUCUUGGUACGAGACACACCUCUCCUUCGGGACUGUAGAUGGGGAGUUUCCUAAGGUGGUUCUACUGACUGAUGAUGAGAACAACAGGAAACUUGCACAAAAAGAAGGCAUAGUGUGCUCUACAGUUAAAGACUACAUAGAAAAUGUAACAGGUUUUGUGGGAUUAGUGGACAAGUUGUCCAAGAAUGUAAUACCAGAGACUUGUUCAAAGGAUGCCUUGUACCCCGCUCACUUGACUCCGUCGGCCAUACAGGCGGGCAUCCGCAAUGGAAAGAUGUACCAGGGGACUUUCCAUGCUUCCAGGGAAAACUUCCUAGAGGGAACUGCUAGCGUCAAUGGCUUUGAAAAACCGAUCCUCCUCCAAGGCCACAUAGGCAUAAACCGAGCAGUGGACGGAGAUGUAGUAGCCAUAGAGCUGUUACCUGAAGAGGAAUGGCGCAAGCCCAGUGACAUAGUCCUAGAAGACAAGGCCGAUGACCCAGGCGACCUAUUAGAGGAAGAGUCAGAGCUCCUGAAGACAGCGAAACCGGCUGAUAAAGGCGAUGAUGAUAUAACGCCCACGGGCAAAGUAGUCGGGAUUAUCAGGAGGAAGUGGAGGCAGUACUGUGGGAUACUGCUGCCUAGCAAGUUUCCAGGCGCAACCCAGCACCUCUUCACGCCGGCCGAGAAGCGAAUCCCGCGAGUGCGCAUAGAGACGCGGCAGAGCGAGGCGCUGAGCUCGCAGCGCAUCCUGGUGGCGCUGGACUCGUGGCCGCGGAACAGCCGCUACCCGCGCGGACACUUCGUGCGCGCGCUCGGACCCAUCGGCGACAAGAACGCUGAGAACGAGGUGCUACUGCUAGAGCACGACGUCCCUCACGCUCGGUUCAGCGAGGCCGUGCUGGCGUGCCUGCCGCCCGACGACUGGACCAUUCCUGAGGAGGAGAUCGCCAAGCGUCAAGACCUGCGUCCCCUGUGCAUCUGCUCGGUGGACCCGCCCGGCUGCACCGAUAUUGACGAUGCACUGCACGCGAGGGUCAUACCUGUCUCUAGUGCUGACGGGCUGAAGAGAUACGAAGUAGGGGUGCACAUCGCGGACGUGACCCACUUCGUCCGUCCCGGCUCGGCGCUGGACCGCGAGGCGGCAGCUCGAGCCACCACCGUGUACCUGGUGGACCGCCGCAUCGACAUGGUGCCCGAGCUGCUGAGUUCGAACCUGUGUUCCCUGCGCGGUGGCGAAGAGAGGCUGGCCUUCUCCUGUGUGUGGGAAAUUGAUGAAAAUGCACACGUUUAUACUACUAAGUUCCACAAGAGUGUUAUAAAGUCGCGUUCAGCCAUGACCUACGAAGAGGCUCAGAUAGCGAUAGACGACGACAAAAGAAAAGACGAAGUGGCGACUUCACUCAGAAUUCUCAACAAACUGGCCAAGAAGAUGAAGAAGAAGCGACUGGACAACGGAGCACUGCUGCUGGCUUCACCGGAAAUUCGAUUCCAGGUAGACUCAGAAACGCACGACCCAAUAGAGGUGCAAAACAAGAAAGUGAUGGACACAAACUCUAUGGUGGAAGAGUUCAUGUUGCUAGCCAACACGAGUGUGGCGGAGCGACUGGCUCGGGACUACCCGCAGUGUGCCCUGCUUAGGAGGCACCCCGCGCCGCCGCAGGCCUUCUUCCAGAAUUUCCUCAAGGCUGCUAAACAACAGGGCUUCGACCUAGACGUGUCAACAAACAAGGCCUUCUCAAAAUCCCUCGACUUAGCCGUCAUCCCCGGCCGUCCAUACUUCAACACGCUGCUACGUAUAAUGGCAACGCGGUGCAUGCAACAGGCGGUGUAUUUCCCUAGUGGUAGUAAAACGGCAGAAGAGUUCUACCACUACGGGCUGGCGUGCCCUAUUUAUACGCACUUCACCUCGCCUAUUAGACGAUACGCAGACGUGAUAGUCCACCGCCUUCUAGCGGCAGCCAUAGGCGCAGACGUGUCGCACGCGUCUCUACUGGACACCAAGCAGGCGGACUCGCUGUGCGACAACCUCAACUACCGACACCGGCAGGCGCAGCGCGCUGGCCGGGCCUCUGUGGCCUUGAAUACUCACAUCCUAUUCCGCGACCGCGUGGAGAUAGAAGCGGCGGUGGUGCUGGCGGUCAAGCGGAACGCGCUUCAACUGUUAAUACCCAAGUACGGGCUGGAGGGGCCGUUGUAUCUACCUGCGGAGAAGUUCUUGUACAACGAGGAGGAGCACCUCCAAACGUGCGGAGACGUGGUUCUCAAGACAUUCGACGAGCUGACAGUGCGGCUAAGUCUAGACAGCUCAAACCUACAGCACAGGAAGCUAGUAUUCCAACUAGUCAACCCAGUGAUACCUGGGUUCAGCUACGAAGCGACGCAGCCAGAGCCUAUGGAAGUUGUAGAAGUGACGGAUAAAGAGCUACAACAGAAGAAGAGGAAAGAGGCAGCAGAGGGUAAAGCGAGUAAGAAAAAGUCUAGGAAGUCUAAGUGAAUGUUGGUUGUACAUGUUGUACUUUUAUGGUUCGUAUGAAUAUACUUUUUUUU